AUGGUCGGAAUAACAGUACCUCAAAUCUCAAGAAUAAUAUGUUACGAUAAACAAAAAAUCAAAAUCACAAGAAAAAUAUCGAUCAAUGGAACAACGAAACUUGAAAUUCCAAAUACUGAUUUCAAUCAACCAUUCAUUGUCAUUGAUCCACUUCAAACCAAGCCACCUCUGAUUUCUGGAUCUGAUCCAUCUUUGAUGGCUCCAUCGGUCACACCUCAAGCAGUUGCAGGAUUUGGUGGUGCCAACCAACUUAAUGUAUAUUUAAACAAACCACUAGUCGUCACUCUCAACAAGAAUAGAUCCUUUGAAGGAGUUUGUAUUGCAAAGAAUACCAAUAAUACUCAGUUCACCGUUGAAACCAAGGAUACCAUCGAGAUUGUAAACAUGAACGAUGUUUAUUCAAUCUCUUAUUUAAAAGGUGAUAAUUUGAGUCCAACAUCAACAUUGAUUACCAUUUUUGGAAAUGGAAAUAGAGAUAUUGAAGUUUCAUACUUUAUCUUGAAAGAUCCAAAUCUUCGUGUAAAACAUCAAAUUGGUUUCAAAACAAUCUAUGGUGCCAAUAUAGAACGUUAUUCUCUUCAUUUGAUCACCCAUGUCAUUUGGAAUUGUAUCGAAAAGAUUGAUUAUCCUAUUAAAUUAAGAUUUAUAAUUAAUCAAAAAACUUACAAGAUUAAUGGUUUUAUUGGUGGAUAUUUGGAACAAACAAAGAAUGAAAUCAUUCGAUUUGAAACAGACGUUAAAAAGGUGAUAGUCUAUACUGACAUGAAACUAGACUACCAAGCAUUUUUGUUAAAGAAUAUAUCAAGCAAAUGUAUUCCAACUGGUCCAAUUGUAGUUGAGGAGAGCCAUUAUAAUGAUGGGGAAUACCUACUCGAAUUAUGUGAACCAAAUGAACAUGUCAUUGUGUAUUGUCCACCAGUUAUUGGAUCAUCUCUUGUCCUAAAGCCAGAUCUCUAUGUCAAAAAGACAAGCUCCAUCUCACCCAUUCGUAUUCCUCGUCUCACCUAUAGCAAGAUGGUGACAUCCCUCUCACUUGAAGCCAACGUCUCUGUUUCAUUCCUCUUUGACAACCUCACAGCGUCAGACUACUCUAUUGUACUUCGCAACCAUCUCUCUGCUCUACCACAAGAGUGCCACCAGAUGCUCUACAUUGGCGCCAUGGAACUAUCAACAAACAAUGCCACCAAGCUCAGUAACCAACUCAACUCAUUCUAUCUCAUCGAACUCCCUCGUACCGAGAACAAAACACUCACAUUUAAAGGUGUAAGAAUUGGAACUAAAAUUGUUAGACAGCAAAUCGACCUUUCAUCAUUUAAAUUUAUGGAAAGAGUAUUUGGUGCUGUCAAUCAAGAAAAUAGAGAUGAAUUUGAAACUACCAAUGUCAAUGUAGACAAUAAAGAAGAUCAAGAUGUUUUAUACGAAUGUUUUAAACAUUACAUAACCAAUCCUCCCCAACAAGCAUUAUGGAACAAUAAUUCAUCUCCAAAAUUUGGUCAACAGAAAACCCAAACCUUUGUACAUAUGUCAUCAAAUAAUGAAGGUGUUGUACAACCACAAAACGUAGGGUUUGGAAGUGGAGGAGGGGGAGGACUCCUCUUUGGCGCAAAUUCCUCUGGAGGUGUAACAGGUGCUGUCCCAUCCAGUGGCGGUGGACUCUUUGGUGCAAGUUCUGUCCCUUCCAGUGGCGGUGGACUAUUUGGAGGUAGUCAACCAACCACAACCACUGUCCCCUCGACGGGUGGACUGUUUGGAGCGAGCCAACCCACAACCACUGUCCCCUCUACUAUAGGAGGAUUAUUUGGUUGUGCCACUAGUAGGGCACUUUUUGGAGCACCAGUCUCUGCAUCAUCAACACUUGGAGGUAGUCAACCAACUAUCGGUGGACUCUUUGGAGCCGGUCAACCAACCACUGGUGGACUGUUUGGAACCAGUAAACCAACCACUGGUGGUGGACUAUUUGGAGCCAGUCAACCAACCACCGGUGGACUGUUUGGAACCAGUAAACCAACCACCGGUGGACUGUUUGGGGCUAGCUGGGCCAAUCCCGAAAUUGUCGGAUCAAAAAUUGAACUUCAAAAUCUAUCAUUUGAAGAAUUAAGAUUACGUGAUGUUAAUGUUACCCCAAAACCUUAG